GUCCCCUCAGAGCGCGGCAUCCACCACCGACCAACAAUCUUUCAACCUCUGCACUACGCCUUUCCUAGACUCCUUUUAUACCUCACUGCCCGCUCAACUUCAUUCUCAUAUCUACCAUGGACUACAGCUAUUCACCACACUGCGAAAGCGGUGGCGCGAUACAUUUACCAUCCCCCACCCACCGCCACAACACCUACGGCGGCCUUUCACUCGAGCAGAUUCGACGCUCACUCUCCCAUUCACCGUCAAAACCGUCGCGCUUUCACCUGCGAAAGACUGACUCGUUCGGCUCGCCAAUCUCACCUCUCGCUCUGUCGCGCGCCUUCAGCCCGACCAAACCUCUUUUUGAGACACCCUCGCCUCAGAAGAAAAGAAUCACCCUUCGCCGCUCAAACACACCUCUCCGAUCCUCACCACGCAACCACCCCGCCUCACACAGUCCGCGACGCGCCCUGAGCGAAUCCAACCAGAACGUGACCAACUCGACGCCAAUAACCGUUACGCGCUUUGCCGGCGAAGAAAACAUGACUGAGACCGAUCAGGCUGAGCGCCAGGAACCCAGCGACAAGCCCAUCAAGUAUGGCCUUUCGCGAUUGCGCAACGAUGUCGGCUCACCGGGAAACAACUUCCGCGCCACGCCCCUCAAGCGCAGUGACGGCAUCAUGAACCUCGACGCGGCUAACGUAGGCAGUCCCUUGGCAAAGCGUAGGAGCGUGCAUGGCGCAUCUGUCUUCGGGCCCGACUUCGAUGUCUUCGAUCAACCAGCCGCACCUGGAACCGCUUGCGAGGAGCCUAGCAGGCCGCUGGAUUUUGGAAGCCCAGUUACAUUCUCGUCCUUGCCAACCCAGACUCCCCUUCGAAAAUCUUCUUCUCUUCGAAAAUCGACGCUUUCCCAACGGACUGGCAGCACGAUGGCGAGAUCAAAGCCGGUAUUCGAUGGCGAGUUCGCAGGUCCAGGCACCGCACCGUCCAAACUCAGGCAGCGCAUGUCCCUCGAUGGACCCCUCAAUCAGGCUGCAUCCGCAAACCAGUCUCCUCUUCGACGCUCAACGCAGUCCGAUGUUUUCAGGCCGUCAGCGUUCCUCCGACCCGCACCCCCUCAUCAUCAGCCGCAUCCGCUGUCGAUUGAUUUGACCACCUCCAUCUCCGCAGAAGCUGCACCGGACAACGCAAUUCAAGAUGCGCCUGUACCUCUUACAUUUGCGCCUCGAAAGCAUAUCUUCUCCCGGUCACUUCCUCUCGGCAUCUCGCGGCCAACUGAACGUGCGGACUCGUUGGACGGCUCUUUUGAGACGCCGUCUUUCAAGGCAACGCGCCCGAAUCCCGAGCCCUUCAUGUCCACUGGCCUCUUCUCCAAGAAGAAUCGCAACCUUGAUAUUGAAGCUGCCAUCAACCGUUACAAUCAGAUGCCUGGGACCCCAUCAAAGCGCAAUUCCUUCCCACCGCCGACAGCCUCGCCCUCCUUUGACCGGCGUCCGCUCUUCUUCGGCCGACUGCAGCGACCCGAGUUUGGGCAGACGAGUACACCGUUUAGCGUGCAUAAACAGUCCAGCUCUCUGUCGUUUGGCAAAGGUGUAGGCAUCUUUGGAAGCUUUGGUAGCAAGACUCAGCGGCGCAGCAGCUUUGCUGAUCUUGACAGCGAGGGCUCUCAUUCGCCCUGUGGCAAUGUGAUGACGGAUAGUCAGUCAAGCAGCGAAGAUCUGCCACCUACGCCGACAAAGCCACAUGAGGGGCCCGCUCGACGCAAGGACAGCAGUCUCAGGCGGCAGACGUUCCAUCAUACGCGAGUCUCACUAAACUCGGAUACAUUCGCGGCGCCAGCAGGGUCCGUCACGCCGACUCUGGGUGCAGCUACUCCCACUGGGCAUUUGUCUCCACACACCCCCAGCGAGAGCUUCACGCCCCCCGACCCGAGUACCCUGAGCAUCACCGGUCGACGCAAAGGUUCUAUGCCUUUGAACGCGAGUACGAGCACCAUGUUUCCGCCUGCAACCCCAACCGCUCCACGUGAUGGGUCGCAUCUUUUCGACAAGAAUUCCGUCAGCUUCCCACCAUUCUCUGUGUUAGGGGAGAACGACGUCGAUAUUUCCCUGUACGAGCGCUUCGACCAUGUCACCUUCCUGGGCGAUGGAGAAUUUUCCGUUGUGUAUCGGGCUGAGAAGGUCGGUGAGCGAGGUUCUGGAUUUAGCUCUUCGCCUCGGACCCAUGUGUAUGCCGUGAAAAAGACCAAAAAGCCCUUCACUGGACCGUCCGACAAGGAAAAGAAGAUGCGCGAGGUGCAGAUCCUUGAGGCCUUAUGUGGACACGAUCACAUCAUAUCGCUAGAGGAUCACUGGGAGCAGAACGGUCAUCUCUUCAUUCAGACUGAGUUUUGCGAGGAAGGGAACCUGCAGCGGUUCCUUGAUCAUGCUGGGAAUAAGGGUCGCAUCGAUGACUUCCGCAUCUGGAAGAUACUGCUCGAAGUCACAUUGGGCGUCCGCUAUAUCCACGAUAAAGGAUUCAUCCACCUUGACUUGAAGCCCGCUAACAUCCUCAUCACCUUUGACGGUUGUCUGAAGAUUGCAGACUUUGGUUUAGCAACUUCAUGGCCUGCACCUUCCAACAUCGACGGCGAGGGUGACCGUCACUACCUUGCCCCUGAAGCCCUCGGUGGUCGCUACGACAAGCCCUGCGACAUCUUCGCGCUUGGUAUCAUCAUGUGCGAAGUCGCCAGCAACUAUACCAUGCCAGAGAACGGCGACUCCUGGCAACGGCUUCGGAGAGGUGACCUUUCCGAUCUGCCCAGCCUUACCUGGAGCUCCGAAAGCAGCCUCGACCGAGACGUCAACGGCGAGCCCAUUGAGUCUGAGAACUCGGAGGGCGUUUUUGUGUCAGAUGACGAGGACGCGACUCCAAAGCCGGUCAGCGCCGCUCGCCACAUAGAGCGAUAUAGCGGUGGACUCGCGGAACCCCCCAACUUCAUGAUCGAUGAUCAAGACCCAGACUCUUUGCAGCAGAUCGUGCAAUGGAUGCUCAAUGGCAACCCAGAUCUACGGCCCAAUGCUGAGCAGCUCUACCGUUGCUAUGGAUGUCAGUGGGUCGAACGGAGAAGCAGGGCUGGCGCCACCAUCUACGAAGGCAACUGGGGACCUGCCGACGAUGUCUUGGACGACAAACAAGAAGAUGUGGACAGGAUGGAUACCGAUUAGACGAAGCAUUCGCAUUUGGAUUCUGUCCAUUUUGUUGCUAUUUGAGGAGCUUUUGCACCUGCGUAGCAAUGACGCAAGCCGUUUUUGGACAUCCGGCGCCCAUAUCUUCAGUCGUCGAGUCCACGCCGUCAUGCCUCACGCUCUCUCAUUCCCCUAGGACCCGAUACUCCCUGCUCUUUUCAAUACUAUACCUUCACGCAGCAUGCAUCAUAUUCCGGCGUUUCAUGGGGUCGGCGUUCCCCAAGAUGGG